AUUCAUAGGGUUGCUGUACCGCUCCACGUCACCAUUGCUAGGCCAAUCGGGCGCGAACACGGGAGAGGCCCCGUGGGGUGACGCCGUAUGGGAGCAUCAAGUACUGGCCUCGAGCAAACCUCAGGAGGCGGCGGGCCUCGUCGUUUUCGUCACAGGCGCAGCGGGGUUCGUGGGCUCGCACGUGUCGCUGGCGCUUAAGAGGCGAGGCGACGGCGUGGUUGGAAUUGACAACUUUAACAGCUACUACCCUGUCGCGCUCAAGAGGGCGAGGCAGGGCCGUCUCGCUGAGAAGGGAAUUUUCAUCGUGGACGGCGACAUCACCAACCAAGCCAUCCUGGCGCGCCUCUUCCAGCUCGUCAAGUUCACGCACGUGCUGCACCUCGCCGCGCAGGCCGGCGUGCGGUACGCCGUCGUCAACCCGCUCGCGUACGUGCACUCUAACGUGCAAGGCUUCGUGACGCUGCUCGAGGAGUGCAAGGCCGCGAACCCGCAACCCGCGGUGGUCUACGCGUCGUCAUCGAGCGUGUACGGGCUCAACAGCAAGGUCCCUUUCUCCGAGGACGAUCGCACGGACCGGCCGGCGAGCCUGUACGCCGCGACGAAGAAGGCGGACGAGGUGUUGGGUCAUACUUACAAUCACAUCUACGGGCUUUCUAUCACCGCGCUGCGGUUCUUCACGGUGUACGGUCCCUGGGGCCGCCCCGACAUGGCCUACUUUUCCUUCGCGCGGAAUAUCGUCAGGGGCAAGCCGAUUAAGAUUUUCCAGGGCCCCAAGAAGGAGGAGCUUGCGCGGGACUUUACGUAUAUUGAUGACGUGGUGCGCGGGUGCGUGGCUUCGCUGGACACGGCUGCGCCGAGCACGGGCAGCGGCGGGAAGAAGAAGCGCAAGGCGCCGAUGCGCGUGUUCAAUCUGGGGAACACGCAGCCCGUGAAGGUCGGCGAGUUCGUUGGUAUUCUCGAGAAGCACCUCCAAAGGCAGGCCAUCCGCAACUACAUCCAAAUGCCCAGCACUGGUGACGUCAUGUUCACGCACGCCAACGUCACAAGAGCCCACAACGACCUUGGUUAUCAACCCACCACCGAUUUAGAUGCGGGAUUGGAGAAGUUCGUGCGGUGGUUCAAGAGCUACUACAGGGACGGCAGCGAGAAUGAGAAGACGCUUGAUGGUUACAAGCCGUACUAA